AUGGACCUCAAAGCAUGAGCCUCGCUUCUGCUCUUGCUGCUUUCAGCUGUCGGUAAUGCUUACCCUGCAGAUGUAAGAAACCACGCUAAAUAUAGAAUGGAGCAAAAGAUCUUGCUGCACCUUCUAGAUCACCAGAGUCGGGGCUUAUUCAGAAGAAUUGACUCGGAAAAGGAGGAAAACGCCACAAAUAUCCUCAGAAUGAACAACAGAUCCGCAGGCAUGCUGCUUGAAGGAGACGUCUAUAUUCCUACAACCAGGACUGCCAUGAAGAGCCUUAAUAACCAGUGAAGCUGCUUCUGGCCGCAGAAUUCAAGAGGGAUUGUAGAAAUCCCUUUUGUUAUAAGUGACGGAUAUGAUGACACUGAGAAGAUUAAGAUUCUUCUUCCCAUCAAAUGUUUUGAGGGGAAAACCUGCAUCCAGUUCGUUCCUCACUGAGGAGACAGGGUGCAUCUGAGUGCUGAGCCAAAAUAUGGCUGUUUCUCUUUGCUGGGUCGUAUCGGAGACAAGCAGGUGGCGUCUCUGCAGACGUUGGGAUGCGUAGAUCAUGGCAUCGUCCAACACGAACCGCUCCACACUUUGGGUUUCUACCACAAACACACUCGCAGCGACCGUGACCAAUUCGUGAAAAUCCACUGGGAAAACAUCAAAAAAUGUAAAAAAAAAAAAAAAAAAACUUGGAAGAUGGACACAGAUAAUCUCACCACGUAUGACGACUCAUCUGUGAUGCGAUACGGAAAAAUGGCUUUUGGACAAAAGGGGGCCGUAACCUUCACGCCUGUCCCUGAUCCUAACGUUCCCAUUGGCCAACGGAGCGGUUUGUCUGACAUUGACAUCCUCCGGGUCAACGAGCUCUACAAGUGCAGGAGCUAUUCGAGAUAGAGGAUAUUCUGAAGCUGAUGAUUAAUAACAAUGCGACAGCAUUAUAUUAAAGCAUUGAAAUUU